AACUCAUUCCCGGUUAACCAGGCCCCACUUCUCCACGUAAAACAAGAAAUAAUAUUAAUUAAUUUUGCGAAAAAAACCCUUCAAAAGAAAAAUUAAAAAGAACCCUGAAAUUUUUUGUUUCAGAGCGAAAUAUUGUUGGAAAUGAGAAAGGAAAUGUGAAAUAUAAGAGCGAAGAAAGAAAUUAGAGAAGAAAAUCAAAACGAGGGUUUACUCAUUGUUGAUCUGAUUGGUUGCGGAGAAAAUGAGUGCAGGAGGAGGAUGGGAGAAGGUAAAAUCAUCAUCAAGAUCAUUUGAUUUAGGAGGAGGAAAUGGUGGUGGUGGUAUUGUUAUUGGAAGAGAAAGAUUAAGAAGUAUAGAUUUAAGUGAUCAUUCUUCAUCUCCAUCUCCUAAUUCUGCUGGUUCUUCUGCUCCUGUUAUUCCUCCUACAAGAACCGUUACUCUUGGUCGGGUUCAACCUCAACAUCCUGCUCACCGUUCCAUUGUUUGUAAUGAUCGUGAAGCUAAUUUCCCUGUUCGUUUUAAGGGGAAUGAUAUAUCAACAACGAAAUAUAAUGUAUUGACAUUUUUACCGAAAGGAUUGUUUGAACAGUUCAGGAGGGUUGCUAAUCUUUACUUUCUUAUGAUAUCAAUAUUAUCUACGACACCAAUCAGUCCCGUGAGUCCGAUAACAAAUGUGGUUCCACUGAGUCUAGUGCUUUUUGCUUCUCUUGUCAAGGAGGCAUGGGAAGACUGGAAACGACUGCACAAUGAUAAGGCGAUAAAUAAAACAGCUAUAGAUGUGUUGCAAGAUAAGGAUUGGGAAACUAUUUCUUGGAAGCAGCUACAAGUUGGAGACAUUGUUAGAGUUAAGCAGGAUAGCAACUUCCCUGCUGAUCUUCUGUUCCUUGCUAGUACGAAUCCAGAUGGUGUCUGUUAUAUUGAGACGUCGAAUCUUGAUGGUGAGACAAAUUUGAAGAUUAGAAAAGCGUUGGAAAAAACUUGGGAUUACUUAACUCCUGAUAUGAUCUCUGAAUUUAAAGGGGAAGUACAAUGUGAGCAACCAAAUAACUCACUGUACACUUUCACUGGGAAUCUAAUGACCCAAAAUCAAACACUACCUCUUUCCCCGAAUCAACUUCUUUUACGGGGCUGCAGUCUACGAAAUACAGAGUACAUAGUUGGAGUUGUAAUAUUUACGGGACAUGAAACCAAGGUCAUGAUGAAUUCUAUGAAUGUCCCUUCCAAAAGGAGUACUUUAGAGAGGAAACUUGACAAACUGAUUCUCACUCUCUUUGGUGCUCUCUUUUGUAUGUGUUUCAUUGGAGCUAUUGGCAGUGGUGUAUUCAUAGAUCGCAAAUACUAUUACUUAGGUCUUGAAAAAGGCGUUGAAGAUCAGUUUAACCCUAGAAACAGAUUCCUGGUUACUAUAUUAACCAUGUUUACACUAAUAACAUUGUACUCGACAAUUAUUCCUAUUUCUCUUUAUGUCUCCAUCGAGAUGAUCAAAUUUAUUCAGUCAACUCAGUAUAUCAAUAAGGAUUUAUGUAUGUAUCAUGCGGAAACCAACACCCCUGCACUAGCUCGGACGUCUAACCUUAAUGAGGAGCUUGGCCAGAUAGAAUAUAUCUUUUCUGACAAAACAGGAACUUUAACAAGAAACCUGAUGGAAUUCUUUAAGUGCUCUAUUGGAGGAGAGUCCUACGGACAUGGUGUCACUGAAAUAGAUCUAGGUGCAGUGCAGCGGAAUGGCAUACAAUUAGGAGAGAUACCAAAGUCGACUUCUGCUGAACAUGAGAAAGGUUUCAACUUCGACGAUGCUAGGCUAAUGCGUGGGGCUUGGAGAAAUGAGCCUAACCCUGAUGCCUGUAAGGAAUUCUUCAGAUGCCUUGCAAUCUGUCAUACUGUUCUCCCUGAAGGUGAUGAAUCCCCAGAGAAAAUCAGAUAUCAGGCUGCAUCACCAGAUGAGUCUGCUCUCGUUAUCGCCUCAAAAAACUUUGGCUUCUUCUUUUACCGGCGAACACCGACAGCCAUCAUGGUUCGUGAAUCGCAUGUUGAGAAGAUUGGUGACAUCCAAGAUGUAUCCUACGAAAUUUUAAAUGUUCUGGAGUUCAAUAGUACAAGGAAGCGUCAGUCCGUCAUAUGUCGUUAUCCAGAAGGAAGGCUCGUUUUGUACUGCAAGGGUGCUGAUACUGUCAUCUACGAGAGAUUGACAGAUGGGAAUAAUGACAUAAAGAACUUAACUAGGGAACACAUGGAGCAGUAUGGCUCUUCAGGUUUACGUACACUUUGCCUUGCCUACAGGGAUUUGAGUGUUGAAUUUUAUGAUAGCUGGAAUGAGAAAUUCCUCAAAGCUAAAUCCUCUUUACGAGACCGUGAAAAAAAGUUGGACGAGGUGGCAGAACUUAUAGAAAAGGAGCUUAUUCUGAUUGGGUGCACAGCGAUAGAAGACAAACUUCAAGAAGGAGUUCCGGUUUGUAUAGAGACUUUAGCUAGAGCUGGAAUCAAGAUCUGGGUUCUGACAGGGGACAAGAUGGAAACUGCAAUAAAUAUUGCUUAUGCAUGCAGCCUCAUCAACAAUGGCAUGAAGCAGUUCAUCAUAAGUUCGGAAACUGAUGCUAUUAGGGAGGUAGAAGAUAAGGGCGACCCAGUGGAGACUGCAAGGUUCAUUAGAGAGACAGUGAGACAACAGUUGAACAAAUGUUUAGAGGAAGCACAACAUUCACUUCGUACAGUCUCUGGACCCAAACUAGCACUAGUAAUUGAUGGUAAAUGUUUGAUGUAUGCACUAGACCCUGAUUUGCGAGGAAAUUUGCUCAACCUAAGCUUGAAUUGUACCUCUGUCGUCUGCUGCCGAGUAUCUCCCCUGCAAAAAGCUCAGGUGACUAGCCUGGUCAAGAAAGGUGCGCGAAAGAUAACGCUCAGCAUCGGCGAUGGAGCCAAUGAUGUGAGCAUGAUUCAAGCUGCUCAUGUUGGCGUCGGCAUAAGUGGAUUAGAAGGAAUGCAAGCAGUCAUGGCUAGUGAUUUUGCAAUUGCACAAUUCCGCUUCCUCACUGAUUUACUUCUCGUACAUGGUCGAUGGUCAUACAUAAGGAUAUGCAAGGUUGUGAUGUACUUCUUUUACAAAAAUCUUACGUUCACAUUAACUCAGUUCUGGUUCACCUUCCACACCGGGUUUUCUGGACAGAGAUUUUAUGAUGAUUGGAACCAGUCUUUGUAUAAUGUUAUUUUCUCAGCCAUGCCAGUAGUUAUAGUUGGCUUGUUUGACAAGGAUGUGAGUGCAACUCUUUCUAAGAAGUACCCAGGUCUAUACAAAGAAGGAAUAAGGAAUACUUUCUUCAAAUGGAGAAUUGUGGGAGUUUGGGGUUUCUUUUCUGUUUACCAGUCACUAGUUCUAUUUCACUUUAUUACUGCUUCCAGUCAGAGUGCUAUGAAUUCGUCUGGAAAAAUGUUUGGUCUUUGGGAUGUCAGCUCAAUGGCCUUUACGUGCAUUGUGAUAACUGUCAACUUGCGUCUUCUUUUAGCAUGUAAUUUGAUCACAAGGUGGCAUCGAGUAAGUGUGGGAGGAAGUAUUUUAGCAUGGUUCGUAUUCAUCUUUAUAUAUUCUGGAAUUAUGACCCCACACGAUAGACAAGAAAACGUGUACUUUGUAAUCUAUAUACUAAUGAGUACUGUGUAUUUCUAUCUCUCGGUUCUUCUUGUUCCCAUUGUGGCACUUCUCGGUGACUUCACCUACCAAGGGAUUCGAAGAUGGUUCUUCCCUUAUGACUACGAGAUUAUUCAGGAAAUCCAUAGAGAUGACCCAGAAGAUAACAGUAGGCCACAGUUGCUGGAGGUCGCUAGCCAGCCAUCACCAGCUGAGGAAAAGAGAUACGCGGUUGCUAUGCUUCCAAAAGAAAGGUCGAGACACACUGGGUUUGCUUUUGACUCACCAGGUUACGAAUCAUUUUUCGCUUCCCAGUUUGGAGUUUAUGCCCCGCAGAAAGCAUGGGAUGUUGCCAGAAGAGCUAGUAUGAUGAAGUCAAAACCAAGGGCACAUAAAAAGAAGUGAAACUUGAUGCAAAUGUUGUGUUUGCAUCUGAUACCUAUUUUGUAAAAUUAGUUGUACCAUAUCCUAGUUUUGUUUUUCUUUUUUCAUUCAUUUUUUUCUCAUCCUCAUUCUUUCUCCCUUCCCUUAUUACUGAAAAAUAGUCCCUUCAUUCGUGCUCAAGAAGGAUUUUCUGGCCAGUUGUUCAAGAAUGUAGUCAGAAAACAAAUACUCAGAUUAAGCUAGUGAAAUGUGACCGUGGGCUGUGUAUGAUAUGAAUAUACUAUUUUGUUUUUGUUA